AUGAUCAAUGAACCUACCAGGUACAACCCCAAAUCUGUAAACACGGGCACCCUCAUCAAUGUCAUCCUGACAAUCCUGCCCUCUAAAUACACCUCUGCGGCCUUCAACCAGGAUCUCAGAGAUUACUGCCUCAUUGCCUGCAUCCGUAAUGGGUCUGCAGUCAAACGACCACCCCUCAUCAUUGUCAAAUGCUCCCUAAAACACUUCAGCGAGCAGGUCUUCCUAAUGCACCUGGCCCGGCUGAAUUGGUUUUCCUUUUUCCCAGGAGUGAGUCCUAUACAUAAUGGCCAAGUCUGCAGUACGUGGGGUAACUACCACUUCAAGACCUUUGACGGAGACAUCUUUCAGCUCCCCUCCACCUGCAACUAUGUUGUGACCUCACUGUGCCAUAGCAGUUAUGAGGAUUUCAACAUCCAGAUGAGGCGGCAGGAGGUGGACAACCAGCCCACCAUUAGCAAGAUCACCAUGAAGCUGGAUGGCACAGUGGUGGAGCUAUCCAAGGGUUCCAUUGUUGUUAAUGGGAAUAAUGCCACCUUACCAUUCAGCCAGUCUGGUAUUCUCAUUGAAGAGACUCCCUCCUACAUCAAGAUCAAAGCAAAACUGGGAUUGGUAGCCAUAUGGAACCAGGAUGAUUCCUUCUUGGUGGAGAUGGACAUCAAAUUCAGAAAUAAGACCUGUGGUCUAUGUGGAGAUUUUAAUGCAAUUCAGCAAUUUGAUGAGUUCUAUAGCCAUGGUAUGAAAUUGUCCGCUGUCGACUUCGGAAACUUCUGGAAAUUGGAUGGUCCCACUGAAAGCUGUACUGAAAACACACUGCCUUCAAAUCAGAAAUGCCCCAAUCUGAAACCAGUUUGUGAGCAGUUGCUCUCCGGUCCUGCCUUCAGCAGCUGUAAGGACUUGUUGGCCAUCGACUCAUUUGUUGAGGCCUGUGUAUCUGACCUGUGCCACUGUGAUAACAGCACCAACUCAUUCUGCCUGUGCAACACCAUCUCAGAGUACUCCCGUCAGUGUGUUCACGCAGGGGGGAAGCCCAAACAAUGGAGGACUGAACAGUUCUGCUAUAAGACAUGCCCCUUCAACAUGGAGUACCAGGAGUGUGGAAACCCCUGUGUUGACACCUGCUCCAACCCUGAGAGAGGCCAGCUGUGUGAGGACCACUGCUCAAAUGGCUGCUUUUGUCCUCCCGGAACCGUUUUUGAUGACGUCAACAAGAACGGUUGUAUCGCCUUGAGUCAAUGCUCCUGCCGCCACAAUGGAAAAACCUACGCACCCGGAGAGUCUUAUUCAAGCACUUGUAAAGAUUGUUCUUGUGCUGGUGGUCAGUGGAAGUGUGUGGACAAGGACUGUCCUGGCACCUGUGCUGUGGAGGGAGGAUCCCACAUCAACACCUAUGAUGGAAAAACCUACACCUUCCAUGGGGACUGCUCUUAUGUUCUGACCAAGGACUGUGAUGGGACGCAAUUCACUGUACUGGGUGAUCUGGUGCAGUGUGGGCUUUCUGACAGUGAGACUUGUCUAAAGGCUGUUACCCUGUCCCUCUCAGAAGGAGCCACUGUGAUCAACAUACAACCCAAUGGAAAAGCCUUUGUAAAUGGAAUCUAUUCUCAGCUGCCCUUUUCUGCUGCUGGAGUAACUAUUUUCAGAGCCUCCUCAUUUUUCAUCAUUGUCCAGACCACCUUUGGCCUCCAGUUGGAAAUCCAACUCUCACCAAUCAUGCAGGUCUAUAUUGCUGCAAGCACCGUUUGGCAGCAGAGAACUUGCGGUCUUUGUGGAAACUUCAACAACAACCAAGGAGAUGAUUUCAAGGUCCUGAGCGGAGUGACUGAGGGCACAGCCAUUGGUUUUGCAAACACCUGGAAAACACGAGCCAGCUGCCCAGACAUCAAGAGUAGCUUUGAAAGCCCCUGCAGUUUAAGUCUUGACAAUGAGAAAUAUGCUCAGCACUGGUGCUCUCAGCUGGCUGAUCCUAAAGGGUUGUUUGCUAAAUGCCACACAGCAAUAAGCCCAGACAUGUACAAAGAAAACUGCAUGUAUGACAGCUGUAACUGUGAGAAGAGUGAGGACUGCAUGUGUGCUGCCGUCUCCUCUUAUGUCCACGCUUGUGCUGCCGAGGGUAUCCAGCUCACUGGCUGGAGAGACACUAUCUGCAACAAAUACUCCACCUCGUGUCCUAACACCAUGGUCUACAGCUACAGCAUAAAAAGCAGUGAUCGCUCCUGCCGCUGCUACAGCAACUCUGACUUGACCUGUUCAAUCACCUUCGAGCCUGUGGAUGGGUGUGUCUGUUCUGAGGGAACCUACCUGGAUGAUGAGGGCAAGUGUGUUCCAUCAGCCAGCUGCCCUUGUUAUUACAAGGGCUCAGUGGUGUCCCCUGGAGAGGUCAUCAGCAAGGAUGGAACCAUGUGCACCUGCAAGGAGGGAAAACUCCGUUGCAUUGGAGAUUCACCCGAUCAGCCAUCAUGUGUUGCACCAAUGGUUUUCUUCAACUGCUCCAAUGCAAGCCCAGGAGUGAGAGGGUUAGAGUGUCAGAAGAGCUGCAACAUUCUGGAUAUGGCCUGUAUCAGCACAGAGUGCAUAUCAGGCUGUAUGUGUCCCUCUGGACUGGUAUCCGAUGGAAAAGGAGGCUGCAUCAAGCCAGACCUUUGUCCUUGUUCUCACAAUGGAGCUACUUACCAACCAGGAGACAGAAUCAAGGUCGACUGCAAUACCUGCACUUGUAAAGACAGAAAAUGGCAGUGCACAACUAACCUGUGCCUUGGAACCUGUGCCAUUUAUGGAGAUGGACACUACAUUACUUUUGAUGGGAAACGAUUCACUUUCGAAGGAGACUGUGAAUACACACUUACAAAGGACUACUGUGGUAGCAACAAUGCCAACGGCAGCUUCAGAGUCAUCACUGAGAACAUCCCUUGUGGAACGACAGGCACCACCUGCUCCAAGGCCAUUAAGCUCUUCCUGGGGAACAAUGAACUAAUUCUGACAGAAGGGAACUACCAAGUCGUUGAGAGAAAUACAGGGGAGGCGGUUCCUUACCAGAUUCGCACAAUGGGCAUCUACCUUGUGAUUGAAGCCAAUAAUGGGUUGAUUCUCAUGUGGGACAGGAAAACAAGCAUGUUCAUCAAACUGAACCCACAGUUCAAGGGACAUGUCUGUGGUCUGUGUGGAAACUAUGAUGGCAAUGCAAACAAUGACUUCACUACCAGGAGCCAGGCAGUAGUUGUCAACCCUCUAGACUUUGGAAACAGCUGGAAAGUCUCUGCAAGCUGCCCCGAUGCAAAGAACAAAAGGAGCCCCUGUACUGCCAACCCUUACAGGCAGUCUUGGUCACAGAAGCAGUGCAGCAUCAUUCAGAGCAAAGUUUUCACAGACUGCCAUUCUAAAGUGGACCCCUCUCCUUUCUACGAUGCUUGUGUGACAGACUCGUGUGCUUGCGACAGUGGUGGAGACUGUGAGUGUUUCUGUACCGCUGUGGCAGCUUAUGCAGAGGCCUGUAAUGAGGCUGGAGCCUGCAUAGCCUGGAGAAGCCCACAAAUCUGCCCACUGUUCUGUGAUUACUACAACCCCCCUGGAGAAUGUGAGUGGCACUACAAGGCCUGUGGAGCUCAGUGUAUGAAGACCUGCAGGAAUCCCUCUGGGAGCUGCUCAACUCAGAUACCACCUCUUGAAGGUUGCUAUCCAAAAUGUCCUCCUGCUCAACCCUUCUUUGAUGAAGAUAUAAUGAAGUGUGUGGAGAAGGAGCAGUGUGGCUGCUAUGGCAGAGAUGGAAAACACUACAAUAAUGGAGAAAAAGUACCGACCACAGAAAACUGCCAGACAUGCGCCAACCUCAACUUCAACAGAGACAACAGUGUCUCCAACAACCUUUACUACUACAUGUGGCUAUCCAUAAAAUGUGUGUGGUCAGACUGGAUCAACCUUGGUCAGCCAACGACUGGCUCUGAAGGUGGAGAUAAUGAAUCCAUUAAGAACAUAAUUUCUGCAGGUUAUCACAUUUGCUCAGCUCCAGAGGCAGUUGAAUGUAGAGCAAAACAAUACCCUGGACUUCAGAUCUCUCAGCUUGGCCAAGACGUGACUUGUAAUCCCUCCGUUGGACUGAUUUGUAAAAACAAUAAGCAAGGUCUUCAGCAAAAGUGCUUCGAUUACGAGAUUCGAGUGAAAUGUUGUCAAUGUGGAACCAUAACACACAUCCCCACCACCACAACAACAACAGUUCCUCAUAUCACUACUCCUACACCCACUACUACAACCUCAACAUCGACAGCUCCACCUACAACAAAAACAACAACUCAGACUCCCAGCUCUAGUACGACUCCAACCACUACUCCUACAUCAACCUCAACAGGAGUAACACCUACCCAAUGCAGUGGUGAAGAAAAAUGUGUGUGGUCAGACUGGAUCAACCUUGGUCAGCCAACGACUGGCUCUGAAGGUGGAGAUAAUGAAUCCAUUAAGAACAUCAUUUCUGCUGGUUAUCACAUUUGCUCAGCUCCAGAGGCAGUUGACUGUAGAGCAAAACAAUACCCUGGACUUCAGAUCUCUCAGCUUGGCCAAGACGUGACUUGCAAUCCCUCCGUUGGACUGAUUUGUAAAAACAAUAAGCAAGGUCUUCAGCAAAAGUGCUUCGAUUACGAGGUUCGAGUGAAAUGUUGUCAAUGUGGAACCACAACACACAUCCCCACCACCACAACAACAACAGUUCCUCAUAUCACUACUCCUACACCCACUACUACAACCUCAACAUCGACAGGUCCACCUACAACAAAAACAACAGCUCAGACUCCCAGCUCUAGUACGACUCCAACCACUACUCGUACAUCAACCUCAACAGGAGUAACACCUACCCAAUGCAGUGGUGAAGAAAAAUGUGUGUGGUCAGACUGGAUCAACCUUGGUCAGCCAUCGACUGGCUCUGAAGGUGGAGAUAAUGAAUCCAUUAAGAACAUAAUUUCUGCUGGUUAUCACAUUUGCUCAGCUCCAGAGGCAGUUGAAUGUAGAGCAAAACAAUACCCUGGACUUCAGAUCUCUCAGCUUGGCCAAGACGUGACUUGCAAUCCCUCCGUUGGACUGGUUUGUCAAAACAAUAAGCAAGGUCUUCAGCAAAAGUGCUUCGAUUACGAAAUUCGAGUGAAAUGUUGUCAAUGUGGAACCACAACACACAUCCCAACCACCACCACAACAACAACAGUUCCUCAUAUCACUACUCCUACACCCACUACUACAACCUCAACAUCGACAGCUCCACCUACAACAAAAACAACAACUCAGACUCCCAGCUCUAGUACGACUCCAACCACUACUCCUACAUCAACCUCAACAGGAGUAACACCUACCCAAUGCAGUGGUGAAGAAAAAUGUGUGUGGUCAGACUGGAUCAACCUUGGUCAGCCAACGUCUGGCUCUGAAGGUGGAGAUAAUGAAUCCAUUAAGAACAUAAUUUCUGCUGGUUAUCACAUUUGCUCAGCUCCAGAGGCAGUUGAAUGUAGAGCAAAACAAUACCCUGGACUUCAGAUCUCUCAGCUUGGCCAAGACGUGACUUGCAACCCAUCCGUUGGACUGAUUUGUCAAAACAAUAAGCAAGGUCUUCAGCAAAAGUGCUUCGAUUACGAGAUUCGAGUGAAAUGUUGUCAAUGUGGAACUACAACACACAUCCCCACCACCACAACAACAUCAGUUCCUCAUUUCACUACUCCUACACCCACUACUACAACCUCAACAUCGACAGCUCCACCUACAACAAAAACAACAACUCAGACUCCCAGCUCUAGUACGACUCCAACCACUACUCCUACAUCAACCUCAACAGGAGUAACACCUACCCAAUGCAGUGGUGAAGAAAAAUGUGUGUGGUCAGACUGGAUCAACCUUGGUCAGCCAACGUCUGGCUCUGAAGGUGGAGAUAAUGAAUCCAUUAAGAACAUAAUUUCUGCUGGUUAUCACAUUUGCUCAGCUCCAGAGGCAGUUGAAUGUAGAGCAAAACAAUACCCUGGACUUCAGAUCUCUCAGCUUGGCCAAGACGUGACUUGCAACCCAUCCGUUGGACUGAUUUGUCAAAACAAUAAGCAAGGUCUUCAGCAAAAGUGCUUCGAUUACGAGAUUCGAGUGAAAUGUUGUCAAUGUGGAACUACAACACACAUCCCCACCACCACAACAACAUCAGUUCCUCAUUUCACUACUCCUACACCCACUACUACAACCUCAACAUCGACAGCUCCACCUACAACAAAAACAACAACUCAGACUCCCAGCUCUAGUACGACUCCAACAACUACUCCUACAUCAACCUCAACAGGAGUAACACCUACCCAAUGCAGUGGUGAAGAAAAAUGUGUGUGGUCAGACUGGAUCAACCUUGGUCAGCCAACGUCUGGCUCUGAAGGUGGAGAUAAUGAAUCCAUUAAGAACAUCAUUGCUGCUGGUUAUCACAUUUGCUCAGCUCCAGAGGCAGUUGAAUGUAGAGCAAAACAAUACCCUGGACUUCAGAUCUCUCAGCUUGGCCAAGACGUGACUUGCAACCCAUCCGUUGGACUGAUUUGUCAAAACAAUAAGCAAGGUCUUCAGCAAAAGUGCUUUGAUUACGAGAUUCGAGUGAAAUGUUGUCAAUGUGGAACCACAACACACAUCCCCACCACCACAACAACGACAGGUCCUCACAUCACUACUCCUACACCCACUACUACAACCUCAACGUCAACAGUUCCAUCUACAACAAAAACAACAACUCUGCCUCCCACCACUACUAUUAUUCCAACAACUUUUUUUGUAACAACUGGUGAAACAGCGAAACCAUCGAUUCCAGUCACAUUACCCCUUGAUUGUUCUUUUUGCCAUUUUAAUCAUACUGAUUUCCUCAUUGGCUCAAUUGUUUAUAAUGUCUCUGACCAUGAUGGAUGGUGCUACAUUGGUCUCUGCAACAAGACUUGUGAAAUAGAAACACAUUUGACCAGCUGUGGUACAUCAACUACCCCAGUUACUCCUACUUCACCAACCACUUCACAGCCCCCAACAACAACAGUUCCACAUGUAACAUAUCCAUCUGAGAAGAACUGUGACCAUGACCAUCCUCCAAGACAGAACGGUGACAGCUGGAAACAUAACCAAUGCACCAACGGAACAUGUGCCAACGGGCAAGUUACUUAUGAGCAUGUACAUUGUGAGACUCCGAAGCCAAUAGCAUGUGAAAAUAACUAUCCUCCAAUCCAAGUGUUUGACGAAUCUGGAUGCUGUUUCCACUAUGAGUGUCAAUGUAUCUGCUAUGGUUGGGGAGACCCUCACUAUGUCACCUUUGAUGGAACAUACUAUGGCUUCCAAGGAAAUUGUUCUUACGUCUUGGUCAAAGAAAUCCUGCCAAAGUACAACUUCAGUGUUGUAAUCGACAAUUACUAUUGUGAUGCUCCAGAUGGACUUUCCUGUCCUCAGUCUCUGACCAUUUAUUACCAAUCUUACAAGAUAUUCAUGACCAAGAAGGACGUUGAUGGAGUUUUCACAAGUCUGAUUUAUGUAAACCAGAAACGCAUCAUCCCAGCAUAUGAGACCAAGGACUUCCGCAUCACAGACAACGGAAUUGAGACCCUUUUAGUCAUACCAGCAAUUAAUGCCAAGGUGUCUUUCACUGGUCUUAUGUUUAGCAUAUACCUGCCCUGGGACAAGUUCAGUGGCAACACUGAGGGACAGUGUGGUACAUGUGACAACAACCGGACAGAUGACUGCCGCUUGCCAAAUGGGACUAUCGAUUCAUCUUGUCCUGACAUGGCACACCAAUGGCAUGUUGCUGACCACAAUAACAGUCAGUGCACACCACCAUCACCAGAGCCGAUACCAACACCACUACCAGGCUGUGAUCCACCCAUUUGUCAUCUCAUUCAAAGCAAGGUCUUUGAGAGUUGCCAUAAGAUAAUCCCCUAUGAGCCAUUCCUUGUGGCAUGUAUCUUUGAUGUGUGCCAUAUGGAUGAUGUUACCAUUGGCUGCACCAGCUUGCAGACCUAUGCUGAUGCAUGUGCACAAGCAGGAGUCUGUAUUGAGUGGAGAAAUUAUACAAAUGGACAAUGUGACUUCACAUGUGAGAAACCCAAGGUUUAUAAAGCCUGCGGUCCACAAGUUGAACCAACCUGUAAUGCCUGGUACAAUUUCAAAUUCAUCCAGACUCAAAAUGAGUUCAGUGUGAUGGGAGAUAUACAAUUGGAGGGAUGUUAUUGUCCCCCUGGGACCACUCUUAUGAGUUCCACCUCAAACUACUGUAUCCCCAGCUGUGAUAUUUGCCCAUUGCCAAAUGGAGAAUGGAAAGAGGCUAAUGAGACCUGGGUGAGCAACUGCCAGGAGUGUGUGUGUGACCCGUACAGUCUGGAAAUCCAGUGCCAGCCUAUGGCAUGCCAACAUCAGCCUCCUCUCACCUGUGAUCAGGAGGGCCAAGUUAAGGUCCUAGAAACCGUUGACUGUUGUCAAAAGGACAAAUGCGAGUGUGAUGUCACACGAUGCUCUACUUCCAAGAUAACUUGCCCAGUCGGAUUCGAGACAGAGGCAACUAUGGGAGUCUGCUGCCUAACUUAUCAAUGUGUGCCAAAGGAUGUCUGUGUGUUUAACAACACUGAAUAUCAGCCUGGUGCCAAUGUUCCUGGGGACAAGUGUAAGAAUUGUGUGUGUGGUGACAGUGUAGAUGCCCAAAGCCAUCUACAUAUCAUUGAGUGUCAUCCUACUGAAUGUGACACUCACUGCCAGCAGGGCUAUGAUCAUCAAGCCGUUCCUGGACAGUGUUGUGGGAAGUGUGUACAGACAAGCUGUGUGGUUAUGCUGCCAGAUAACACCACACACACUAUUCAGCCUGGUUCCGUCUGGAUACCAUCGGGAGACAAGUGUCUCAAGUAUGAGUGCGUAAAGAUUCAGGACCAACUCAUCCCAAUCGAGGCUAAGACUGUGUGCCCUGUCUUCCACCCAGAAGACUGCAUACCCGGAACUGAAGUCAUUGCUCCAGAUGGUUGCUGCCAUGUCUGUAUUCCAAUAACUAAGCCAUGCAAUGUGAUAAAGAGCAAAGUGUACCUGGACAGCAAUGGCUGCAAGUCUGCAAACAAGGUGGAAGUGACAACAUGCAGUGGAUCCUGUGUCACCUACGCCAUGUAUUCUCUUGAGGCCAACAUGAUGGAGCGCUCUUGUACCUGCUGUCGGGAAGAAUCCACCACCAAGAAGGAAGUGGAGAUGAUCUGCCCAGACGGUUCAAAGUUCAACCACUCCUACAUCCACAUCAAUAAAUGUGGCUGCCAGAGGACAGAGUGCGUGACCCCGGAGGAAACCCAGGUCACAAGGUCACGGCGCAGGAGAAGAUGAAUGACUCUCCACUACCAUCCCUUUACUGCUUAGAUUAGUUUUCUAUUUAUGUUCAACUUGUUCAUGUUCCUGCUAAAACUUGUUCAAGUAAUCAACUUGUUCAAGUAAUCUGCUAAAAGUAGGAGAAAUUGUUUCAGCUUCGUAUUCAUUUUUAAUUUUAAUUUUUGCCAAAAUAAAGUUGGCAAUGGGCUAUGCAUAUAUACCACA